UCUGCAUAAUGAAAAUUGAAUUUUAAACCCUAAAAUCCCCUGCAGAGAUUUCCUCAAAAACCUCAAUGCAAACCCUCAAAUUAUCUUCCAUUUUCUCAACUUCCUAUUUUCUCAAUUUUUCGUUAAAACCCAAAUCAUUUAUUUUUAUUUUCUCGUAUUCUCGUUCCACCUCUGUUUCGAAUCCUCCCCUUUUCAAUUACCUUGUAAAAAACUUGGAUUUCACUGAAACCCAAGCUUUUUCAAUCUCUAAUCGUUACUCUCAUGUGAAAUCCCUCAAAAAGGCUUAUUCGGUUGCCAAUUUUUUCCAAAGUCUUGGCUUUUCUAAUGCCCAAAUAGCCUCUGCUGUCCAUGUGGCGCCCCACAUUCUGUUUGCUGAUGUAGAAAAGAAGCUUAGGCCAAAAAUCAAGCUUUUUCAAGAUCUGGGUCUUGUGGAACCCCAUCUGGGUAAGUUCUUUUCUAAGAAUUCUACGCUUUUAACUUGUAGUUUAGAUAAAAAGUUGAUUCCUUCUAUCCAAUUUGUCAAGAAAAUUUUAGGGAAUAAUAAUGAAGACUUGUUUAAGGUCUUCAAUAGAUGCAAUGGUUUUCUUGCUAGAGAUGACAUGUUAAAGUUGUCGAGAAACCUUGAGUAUUUGGAAAGCUGUGGGAUUGUUGGAUCUCAGCUCUCAAAGUUGUUAACGAGACAACCUAGGAUUUUUAGGAUGCGAGAAUCGGCAUUAGGGGAUCUCGUUACGAGGGUUGUAGAUAUGGGGUUUUCGAUUGAUUCGAGGAUGUUAAUGCAUGCUAUUCAUACCUUGAGUUGCUUGAGUGAACAAACAUUUCAGAAGAAAUGUGAAUUACUUAAGACUUUUGGUUUUUCGGAUAAUGAUUGCCUCGUUAUGUUUAGGAAGAUCCCCGGUGUUUUUAGGGUCUCUGAGGAGAAAAUGAAGUUACGAAUUGAGUUUUUUCUUAAUGUGGCAAAGUUUGAUAAGAAUGUUUUGGCUUCUAGGCCAAUUCUUUUGAUGAGUAGUUUAGAAGAUCGUGUGAUUCCUAGGUACCGAGUUUUGCAGAUUAUUAAGUCCAAGAAGUUGUUGAAAACGGAUCGGAGUUUUCUUUACAUCUUGGAUUUUACGGAGCGUAAAUUCUUGGAGUUCAUAUCAAGGUUUCCAGAUGAUGUGGAAGAACUGUUGAUGGCUUACAAAACUCGUAUUUUGCACACUUCUUCUUCAGAGGAAGAAAACACAUGAUAAAAGUCUUUUUCUAGGCCAAUUCUUUUGAUGAGUAGUUUGGGAGAUCAUAUGAUUCCUCAAUAUUGAGUUUUGCAGAUUAUUAAGUAGAAGAAGAAGUUGAAAAUGUAUUGGAGUUUUCUUUACAUCAUGGAAUAUACAGAGAAUGAAUUCUUGGAGUUCAUGUUAAGGUUUCCAGAUGAUGUGGAGGAACUGCUGAUAGCUUACAAGGCUCAUCUUUUGCACCCUUCUUUUUGAGAAGAAAAAACAUGCUAAGUAUGUUUGUAUUUAAUUGGUUUUACUUUAUCAAAGGCCACUUUUGAGCUGUCAUGUUGAUUCAAGAUGGUCCUCGUAUACUAAUAUGUCAUUUAAUUUAGUUUAUAUUUGAUCUAUACACUUAACAGUGUAUAGAAUUUAUAUUUUAUGCCAUUUUUUGUUUUUGAACUAUUUGGAGACAAAUUUGUUCAGCAUUUCUUCAUCAUGAAUAAAAAGUUCAUCCUUUUACUGUCUUCAAAAAGAAGGGAAAAAAUACACUUCCGAGGAAAAGAAAGGCUUGAUGUGGUGAUGUUUAAUUUAUGAUUCACCAAUUAUGCAUAUGUGUUAUGGAUUUCAUGUAUGAGACUAACAAGGAUGAAAUAGGCAUAAAAGAAUUUGAGAUAAUACCCUCAAUAGCUGUGAAAUAUUGCACUUUUAUUUUUUAAUGUGCUACUUAAAAAAUAUUUUUAAAUUGGUGUCUAAAUUUCAUUUUUGUCUAUUAAAUUAUACUUAACCCUAAGAUCAUUAGAAUAAACUUUAAUAUGGCUAACAGU